AUGUCUCAGUCCCCGUUAGACCCUGUCGCCGGCUACUGUCAGGAUGGCCGAGUGGGCGUGUCGCUCCGGCAGCUCAGUCAUCCAGGUGAAGAUUCUGUACUGUUAAAAUGCGCAACAUUCGCCCAUACACCUCUCAGCAGCGGCAGCAUCUGCGCUGUGUUUGCAGCUACUGGGUCAAUUAUAACAGCUGCCUUUAAUGAAACUCGGAUUCAGCUCGGCGGGGCCAAAGUUACCAAAGACAUCAUUUGCCCAUCAGGUGGCUUCAAGCCGUGCAGCACUGCCGCUAUUCCUCACAGGACUUCUCUUUCCCGCUUUCAUUUUAGUGCAUCAUUCUCCUCCAGUCAGGGGGGCUGUGCACCGACCGAAGAUGGAGCGGCUCGCAGCUUGGUUUACACGACGGAGUUUCGGUUCCGAUUCUACAUUUGA